AUGCCUUAUGCAGAUUGGUGGUGUUAUAUUGACGGAUCUUGGAAAGAUACAGAGUUAUCAGUCGGAUUAGGAUGGUACUUGUUCAAAGAAUGUACUAUAGACAAGGUGAUGGGAGCACAAAAGGUAAGACGAAGCCUUACGCCUCUACAUGCGGAGAUGGAAGCAUUUAUAUGUGCUAUGCAUUGUAUGUUGAAGAAUCAGAAGACUGCAGUAGCUUUUGCAACAGACUGUUCGGAGUUGGUGAAGAUGGUGUCUACACCUGAAGAAUGGCCGGCUUUUACUUUACAUUUAGAGGAGAUUGGGAAGAUGCAUGACAGAUUUAGCUACUUUUCUAUAUCUCAGAUCCCUCGCGCGAAGAACUUGAAGGCAGACAACUUGGCAAGAAGUGCACGUGUCGACCAUGAAGAUGUAAUUUAUGUAAACUCAGUACCCCCAGUUUGGUUAAUCGAACCGUUCUGA